AUGAGAGGGCUCAUCGGGCUCGGCCGGCAGCCGCCGCCGCUCCCCCUUUUCCCCGCCGCCAAGAGGGCCUCGCCGUAUGCCACCCUCCCCCGCAGCCUCCGCCGCUGCCUACCGGCCAGCCGCCUCCUCCGCCUGCUCUUCCUCCUCGCCGCCCUCUCGCUCGUCGCCCCGGUCUUCUUCCACCUCCGCCUCCGCUGCUUCCACCGCAUGCGCGAGAGGACUUGCGGGUGGAUCGCGAGCCCGCCGAUGGUGUGCGCGCACGGCGGCGACUCGGCAAACGCAUUCCCCAACUCGAUGGACGCCUUCAGGAUGGCUUUGGACGCCCGCGUAGACUGCGUGGAGGUGGAUGUGUCGAGGUCCUCGGAUGGCACCCUCUUCGCCCUCCAUGACAGGGAUCUGCAAAGAAUGUCUGGUAAUUCUACAGCAAAAGUUGGCCACUGGAGCGCUCACGAGAUAAAAGCAUUGUCCACAAAGUUUCAGCUAUCAAGAACAGUUCAAAACCAGGAAGUUCCCAAAGUAGAAGAUGCUCUCGCGUUGAUAGCGCAAUCUGCAAGACAAGUGAUUCUGGAUAUCAAAGUUGGGCCUCCUUCAUUUGACAAAGAUCAAGAGAACAAACUGCACAAAUUGUGUAAUCUGGUCAAAAAGUGACAACAUAGGAAGAGAUGUAAUCAACCUGUCAAAAGAUGUUGUGGUAAGUUUUUCUGUAUUUUCCAUAGAAAAUACAAUAAACCGCAUCCUAGUCUUUUAUCCAUGCCUACAUGGCUGCAACUAGGGGUGUGCAAAAUUGAAACCGGUGGAAACCGUUUCAAACUGGUUAGUGGGAGUAGUUCAUUUCCUUUCACAAAUUAAAUCUCCACUUCCACUUUAGAGCGGAAAAAUGAAAGCUAAAACCGGUCAAACCGUGAAACCUUGUUUGCCCACCCCUAGCUGCAACCAGCGCUGUUAUGUAAGGGCAUC